AUGGAGUCAGCACGCCCCCUCUACAAAUACGACAGCCGCACCCUCGACGUGGUCACCCGGGAGGGCCGGGAGCGUCAUCGGGUAAGCGUGCAGGCGCUCGACGACGCGGACGUGAUCGUCGCCACGGUCCAGCUCCUCCCGGACGACUACGGCGAACUGCUGUUCAAUCGCCGGAUUGCCCUCGAGGACCCGGACAACCUUACCGCCCCGCGUGGGGAAGGCCCCACGCGUAGCCUACCGCCCGAGUUCGCCGAGUUUGCCGACGUUUUUGACGAGUCGCGGGCGGAAGUCUUACCGCCCCACCGCGCCCACGACCACGAGAUCAACCUCGAGCCCGGGAAGGAGCCACCCCCGGGGCGUCUAUACUCCCUGUCGCACAAAGAAACUGCGGAGCUGCACGACUACGUAGACAAGAUGCUCCGACUAGGCUUCAUCCGGCCGUCGAAGAGCCCCCACGCGGCGCCGGUGUUGUUCGUGCCCAAGAAGGAUGGCCGACUCCGUUUGUGCGUCGACUACCGCGCGCUGAACAACAUCACCAUCAAGGACCGGUACCCGAUCCCCCUGAUUUCCAUGCACCUCGACCGCCUGGGUGAGGCAGUCAUCUUCACAAAGCUCGACCUGAAGGGGGCCUACAACCUCCUCCGGAUCGCGUUAGGACACGAGUGGAAGACGGCUUUUCGUACCAGCAAGGGGUCCUUCGAAUACCUGGUGAUGCCGUUUGGCCUCUGCAACGCGCCGUCAACCUUCCAACGCCUGAUGAACGAGGUAUUCGCCGACAUCCUGGACCUUUACGUCAUCGUCUACCUCGACGACAUCCUCAUCUUCAGCCGCGACGCCUCGGAGCACACCAAGCAUGUGGCCGAGGUGCUGCGUCGGCUGCGCGCAAACAGCCUGUUUUGCGCCCUCGACAAAUGCGAGUUUGCGGUGGCAGAAUGCGAGUUUCUUGGCUUCAAGGUGACCAAUCGAGGCGUCACGAUGGACACCAAGAAGGUCGAAGCGAUACUACAAUGGCCUGAGCCGGAGUCAAUCCACGACAUCCAGUCGUUUCUCGGCUUCGCCAACUUCUACCGUCGCUUCAUCCGCCACUACUCGCGCGUCGUAGCCCCUUUGACCGACGCGCUGAAGGGGGGCGCCAAAGGCCGCGUGGGGCUUUCCCACGCGCAGCAGGACGCUUUCAACGGUCUCAAGAAAGCGUUCACCACCGCGCCUAUCCUCACCCAUUGGUCGCCGGACCGUUUCACAGUGGUGGAGACAGACGCGAGCGACUGGGUUUGCGCCGCGGUCCUGUCGCAGUGGGUCCCGAAGGACGCCGCGGCGGCCGCAGCCGACAAGGCCGGGGCCGCGCAGCCCUCCAGCAAGACCCAUACCCUGCACCCGGUGGCGUUCUGGUCGCGUAAGAUGACGGACACGGAGCACAACUAUGCCAUCCAUGACAAGGAGCUUCUCGCCAUUGUGCUGGCAUGCAAGGAAUGGAGGCAUUACUUGCAUGGUCUCGACCGGCCGUUCGACGUCCUCACCGACCACCAGGGGCUGACCUACUUCCAGACCAAGAGGACGCUGAACCGCCGCCAGGGCGGCUACGCCGAGGUCCUGAGCAAAUUCGACUUCAAGAUCCACUACCGCCCAGGCACCGAGGGCGGCAAGCCGGAUGCUCUCACCCGCCGGUCGGACCUGCAUCCAAACGCGAGGAAGGGCCUCGACCAAGCGAAGCCAGAUCCGGCGAACCACAAGGUGCUCCUGUCGCCGGAGCUCUUUGCGGCCGCCGCCCAGCUAGCCCCACCUGCGCCUCUCCGCGACAAACUCCAGGACGCCGAGCCGCCAGACCGCGAAGCGGCCAAAAAGCUCAAACGCGUCGAUGGGAUCUGGCAAACUGCGCGGGGGCAGCCCUACGUGCCGCCGGAUGUGGUGCCUGACGUUUUGGCUUGGUGCCACGACGCUCGGACAGCCGGACACGCGGGGCUCCGAGGGACCCUCGCGGCUGUCGAAGCGCAAUUCUGGUGGCCCACGUGGCGUGCAGACAUCCGGAAGUACGUGUCGACAUGCGCAGCAUGCCGCCGCAGCAAGAAGCCGCGCCACCGCCCGUACGGGUACCUCUUGCCGUUGCAGACAGCAAGUCGACCGUGGGGAUCCAUAUCCAUGGAUUACAUCGAGGGCCUGCCGCCGUCCAAGGCGCCGAAUGGGCGUACGUACGACAGCAUCCUCGUCACGGUCGACCGACUCACCAAAGCGGCGGUCUUCACCGCCACCAACGCCACAGCGUCAGCGAAAGAGCUGGCUUACGAUCUGCAUCGAACCGUGUUUGCCUACUACGGCCUACCCGACAACAUCGUUUCAGAUCGUGGCCGGACCUUCGUAUCCGCGUUCUGGACGGAGUUGCUCCGCCUCCUCGACGUCAAACCAUCGCUGUCCACGGCGUACCACCCCCAGACCGACGGUCAGACGGAACGCUCCAACCAGACGCUGGAGGGCUUCCUAAGGCUGUACUGCAACUAUCAACAGGAUAACUGGGCCAAACUCCUGCCUACCGCGAUGCUCGCCCUUAACUCCCGUCCAUCCGCCACAACCAAAGUUCCCCCCAACGCGGCGCUUAACGGGUACCUGCCAAAAGUCCACCCAGCACUAGCGCCAGCGCAGCUCAGUGUCGCGCGGGGCGCGUCCCACGCGCCACUGGACGCAGCCCAGCUGCACCAGGUGUGCCGCGACAACGUGGAAAAAGCCGCCGUCGCCAUGCAAACUCAAUACAACAAGUCCAGGAUGGACUUUAGUUUUGAGGAGGGGGAGGCCGUCUACCUGCGAACAAAGCACCUAAAGACGGACAGACCCAGCGCCAAACUGGACAACCCCCUCAUGGGCCCAUUCACCAUCCUCGAGAAGGUUGGCAAACGCGCCUACCGCCUGGACCUGCCGGAAAACUUCAAGGUCCACCCAGUCUUCCACAUCAGCAUGCUAGAACCAACGCCAGAUGGGCUGAGGGAAUCGCAGCACGCGCCACAACGGCAGUGGGCGGCAGACAACAGGGAAGAGUGGGAGCUGGAGGAAAUCCGGAGGCGCUAG